AUGGUAGAUACCCGCGACAGCACAACUAAGUUCUGUGUCGCUGCGACAAGCACGACAAAAAAGUACCUGCGCGAACACCCAGAGAUCUGCGUGCUCUCAGCAGAUAAAGGCAACAGGACUGUCGUCAUGAUGAGGGAGGAUUACGACCAGAAAAUGAGAACGUUUGUGAACGAUGACACGACAUACGAAAGAGUUCGUUCUGAUCCCACAACUAGAUAUCAGAAUGGAAACAACUCACUAGUCAAACGGCUCAAGGACUUGAAGCUCAUUGACCACAGGACAGCUAAGGAGUUAACCACGCACAACGCGAUUUGUCCCAGGAUCUACGGCCAGCCGAAGGCGCAUAAGCAGAACCUGCCGCUUCGACCUGUCAUUCCCAACGUAACAGCCCCGACAUACAAACUCGCCAAAUACGUAGCCAACAUCCUCCAGAGCUCGAUCCACAGUCCCUACAACACGGCCAGCUCGUUUGAGUUCUGCGACGAAGUGAAUAACAUCACACUUCCAGAAGGAUAUGUAAUGAUUUCUCUGGAUGUGACGUCUCUUUUCACUAACGUACCGCGGCACCUGGUUACAAAAAACAUCAUUCACCGGUGGAAGGAGGUUGAUACCCGUAUCAAUCUGGAUCUGUUUUUGGAGAUCGUCGAGUACUGUAUGGAGGCAAGUUAUUUCUGCUUUGAAGGGCAGUAUUACAAACAGACAUUCGGGACGGCAAUGGGAAGCCCGCUGUCGCCAAUUGCCGCGGACAUUGUACUGGAUGCAGUCAUCGCUCAAGCUAUGAGAUCUCUACCGUUCGAGAUAACAAUAUUCAGGAAAUACGUGGACGAUAUAUUCAUGGCGAUACCACGGAACACCGAGCAACAAGUCCUGCAAGCAUUCAACAAUGUGGAACCGAGAAUUCAGUUUACCAUUGAAGUCGAGAAAGACCAAAAACUGGCGUUUCUAGACGUGACGGUAAUCAGAAACCCAGACCAAACCCUAACCACGGAGUGGUAUGCAAAACCGAUAGCAUCAGGGCGCAUGCUUAACUACAAAUCCCACCACCAACUCAAACACAAGAUGAACGUAGCCAAGAACUUCAUCCACAGGGUCUGGUACCUCACUCGAAAUAAGUCCACAGAGGAAAUAGUGAACAUCAUCCACCGACAUCUCCAACUUGGCAAUAACAACAAAACAGAACCGAGUAGUCAAAAGCCUCCACACACUAGUCAAGCAUCCAGUUAACAGAUAUGAUGUUAGUAAUGCAAUAUACAGAAUACCAUGUAGUAACUGUGAAUGUUGCUACAUCGGCAUGACCACAAACACACUACGAAAAAGACGAGCAGGGCACCGAUCGAAUGUUAAUAGGUUAGAUAAACUGAUAAAUGAUAACAAUACUAACACAGAAAUAGCCAAGACAUCACUGAUAGAAACAACCACAGCACCAGACGCGCCAACUUGGUCAAAUUAUUGGGGGGGCAAAGCCGGGCUUUUCUGAUUUUUUGUAUGGGAAAAUCGAAAAAUCGUCAAAUAUUGGGGGGGGCAAAACUAUGCUUGCCCCCCCUAAGUUGGCGCCUAUGCACAGCACUAAUACAACAUUGUAUAGAACAAGAUCACCGAUUCGAUUUAGAACACACACAAACUAUUGACCAUAGCUACAAACAAUCCACACUUCCAUUUUUAGAGAUGUGUCACAUCACGAACACCGACAACACAGUUAAUAAACGAACCGACAUAGACAGACUGAGUACGACAUACGCAGCAGUGUUGCACGACAUAAAAAGCAGAAGGGAGCGUAAUACCCCGGACAGACAUGUGAUACGAGUGUGAUUCCUGUACAACGGUACGCAGUGUCAAGAAAAUUCUGACAAGACUGACUUGAACUGAGAGAAUUUUCAGUAUGGCACUCAUUUCAAGCGCAAUUGUACAGUGAUUCUUGUAUCACAUGUGUGUCAUAAGUAUAAGACACCGAGAAACGAUAGCAUAGAUGAGAGGGAAUCAAUAACACCGAUAGGGCACGUUAACCAGUCCGCAGGAUAGAAGAAAGAAGGACUAGAAAUUAGAAAGAUUGCGCCAUUGAGCAGUACAAGUUGUGCGGGAAAAAAUUAGAAAUUUCAAAGUGUAAGAUUUUAAUAAGUGAACUUAAUGUUAAUUUUUCUCUUUAUAACAAACUUGACCCUUACAGCAUGUACCAAAAACCGCUAAACCCGACAGUUAUAGUUAGACCAAACAUAGGACAAAUAACGACACAAAUAUUUACCCCCUGAGGAAGACACAAUCCCCGUGUCGAAACGUCGGGCAAAUAAAGAACGUCGUUUGUUCAAUAAAUGACUGCGUAGCCAAACAUAAUCAAUUCCACCGAAUCAGUCGAUUUAUCAUCAGACUGUUUUGAACACGGUGUGUCUGGUGGACAACAUUAAUUAAAAAAAAUCGGUAUCGCUAAAACACCCACCAAACGAAAGAUAAGGGUCCCACCUUUCAUUUGAGACCAAAAUAAGAAAGUUCUAUCGGCGGUUCUAGAACAAUUUUUUUUUUUUGAAAAUUUUGAUAUUUUUUAUGUUUUUGGAGUACACAUUGAUGACGAAAGACAGUUUUUCCACUGCAAGCAUGGCUUUCCGACUUUUUAUAUUUUUUUUAUUACUCUACCCAUAAAAGCAUAAUAGUCCCAUGUGAAUGGGAAAUCCAGCAGGAGACAGUUUUGUGUUUAUGGGCAGUUCAGUGAAAGCGCUAGAACAGUAAGUAUGAAAUCGAGUUAAAAACUGUUCCUUUGAAUUCCAAUAAUGAGUUGGCAUCCUAUGACAGAUACGUAUUUCGACGUCAACUGUAAGGUCGUGCUUAGUAUCUUGUUUUUGACUGGUACCAGCAGGUCACCAAUCGAUCAACUUUUCAGCACAAACCGUCAUUUGUUCUUCAGAUUUGUGGUCUUGGAAAUUCUGGGUGUAGCUUCGUCAAAUAUUCUCCUUCAACUGCUUCUCAACUUCAAUGUGCGACUGGUACCAAGGACUGGUACUCAAGAUACUAGUUUUCUUUUCCUCCUUCUUUUUCUUCUUCUUCUUCUCUUCUUCUUCUUCUUGGCGUAACGUCCCCACAGGAACAAAGCCUGCUUCUCAGCUUCAUGUUCCAUGAGCGAGCACAGUAGGAGAUAUAAUAAAAAAAUUAAAUUGUUCGAUUUGUUUGAAAUUGUCUUAUUAUAUCUCCUAAAAGCACAGCACUUCCACAUAUUUUUUAACUAAGAGCUUCUCCUGCCAAUUACUAUUUUGCAUGUGUAGUGAAUAUCGUGUGACUGGCACGAAGAUACUCUAUGUUCAGGGAAGCCAAGGAAAUUUCCUUUACGAAAAGUUCCUGAACCGACCGGGAAUCGAACCCGUCAAUCGCAGCAACUUGAUGAGAAGUCUGAAUGAUGUACACCAAGUUUCAUUGUACUUCAGCUUUAGUGCAAACAAUUUGCUUGCCUUUGAUCAUCUCCCUGUAGCAUCUAAAGCAUUGUCUACUUAGAAUCCGGACGCAUGACAUAUUUUCUAGUGGUGUGCUCAAUGAUCACAAUCAUCAUUCUUUUACAGUAGUCUGAUGUUAAACUAGUCAUCUUUUAAUGGUGGAAAUGUAAUAAAUUGUCUUGCAACGAAUGAAAAGUUAUUUCAGAUUGAAGACAAGAGGAGGAGGAAAAUGCACAAACACGUUGAAAAUUUAGCGUGGUCAGGUACGACAGUCGCGAAAAUGUUAAUAUCUCAAAAACCAUUAUGUGUGAUGUGUUCAGAUGUUGUUAACCAUGGCAUGAGGGGGUGUCCCAGGAAGAAUAAAGUUUGCGUUCAUGGAUAAAUCUACUAGGAAUUCCAAGAUUUGGCCAUAAGUUCGAAAUCUGGGUAUCGUUUUCUCACAAUAAGAUGAUGACACUACAUUUGUACAAGGGUGAUAGCCGUAUUGAUUGCGUGCUGCUCUUCAUAUAUGUACACUAGAGAUCUGUAGAGGUUUGAAUUAUUUCAGUGAGCUGCCACGAUAGCCGAAGAAUAUCUGUGGCAUCUUCACAGAUAGGUGGUGUUUAUCAAUGAAAAAUCACUCAAAUUUCGCGUUAUCUCAAUUCACUGAAUUGCCCCUAAUUUAGCAUUAUGAAAACUGUUUGGAUUUUUUAUUCUCCGGAAUCCUAAUAAGAUUAGUCAAGGUGUUCAGGACACUGCAUAGAUGACCCGAUUAUAGAACAAACAUGCCGAAGGGGUUGAUGCUAAAAUUUACAACCGUUGUGCAGAUUUUUAAGAAAGAUAACACGGAAAAAAUGGAAAACUGUAUGAAAUAUAGAAUUAUAUAAUUUAGCGAUAUUUUUCCAUGAAAGUACAAUAAUUAUGAAAAAUAUUUGUUUUGAUGGCUUCACCUUUUAUGUUUUUAUUAUUCCAUCCCAGGUAUAUACGUGAUUUUGUCCACUGUACCAUAAAGGUGCACAAAUUGAACGAAAACCUGCACGCGGUAAUUCUAUCCGAGCCACGGCAUGCAAGAAGCCAAGACAGGCUGUUAACCUAUGUAAUCAUCAUUUUAAAACGUAAACAUGUGACGUCAUUGUUAUCGUCGCUCCACGUUGAUAAAAUUGGUGUGGAGUUCAAGAUCGUUUUGUUCAUACUUUUGAACGAUUUGAAUUGCGUCAUCAAAAAACUUGCAGUUAUUCGAAAUGCAUUACCUUUCAAAUGUGGUAACCCCCGAUCCGAGCUACUUUGAUGUAUGUUCUAUUUUUGUUGACAUUACUCGGCCUACUUCGAUUGUAAAACUUUUAAAUCAUGUGACGCUGUCAAUAAAAACUACAAAAAUUGCAGCCGCAUCAACUUAUUCUACAUGCAUAAAAAGUGGAGUUUAUUUGUACAUAUGCCUAAAUACUGCUGAAAUUCUAUUUCAACUGCCCCAUUUUUUUUUUAUUUUGCACUUUUUGUCUGGGGAAUUUUAACUAUUUAUUUGACCCGUUUACUCUUUUAAAAGGAUACAUUACUAAUGGGCGACCUCAUACAAGCCGAUUUUGCUACACUCAAAGUUGAAAAGAGAAAAAACACAAGUGUCAAAGAAAGUAAAAUUUGAAAAAAAAAAUUGUUCUAGAUCCGCCGAUAGAACUUUCUCAUUUUAGUCUCAAAUGAAAGAGGGGACCUUCAGCUUUCAUUUGGUGGGUGUUUUAGCGAUACCGAUUUUUUUAAAUUAAUUUUGUUCUACCAGACACACCGUGUGAAUCUUGCGUUCAAAUUUAAACUUAGACCCACGCCAAUUGCGCUCUCUGGACCAGUGGGACUUGGCGAUUGGUGGUAGUGAGACACCCGCAAUGUUCUGGAGUAGACUGUUAGCCAUUUCUAGCAGGUAGGUUCUGGCAUUUCCUGCGGUAUUCUCCGCUAUAGCGACAGCCUUACAGCAGAGGGCCGCAACUAUUCGAUAACGGAAGGGCAGAAGGCCUGCUUCAACACAAGCGGUGUCUGCCGGCGUGGAAGGCAGAAGACCAGAGAUUAUCCUUAAGUACCGGUUGUACACCGGCGCGAAUGUUCUGAUCAAGGUAUCAAUGGACAAGCUGGUUAUCUCCAGACCAUACAGUAAACGGCUGUCGAAAACGAAGUUUCCGAUUGUUGCUUCGGUGGGAACUGGAAAGCGCUUUUAUUAGAUUAAGGCGGCUCUGGCAACUAGCCUUAACGCUGUCGAAGUGUGGUUUGAAGGUUAGACUGCGAUCGAUAGUAAUCCCUAGGAUCCUAACAGUUUUGCGUAACGGAAUCGGCAGGUUGUUUAUGCUGAUGGGUGGUCUUUUUACCCGAUGACCGGAGUUACAGAUGUGGCAGCGUACACUCUUUGGAGCUGACAUGGUGAACCCUACAGACGCAGCCUUUUUGGCUACCCUGGUCACGGCUGCCUGUGCCUUCCUGCGAGUGGCGAGGAUGGUGGGGCCAGACACGACAAUGACGAUGUCAUCGGCGUACACGAAGAUUUGGACGCCAUUUGGAAGGUCCUCGAAGACACCAUUCAUCAAGAUGAGAAAUAACGUCACUGAGAUUACAGAUCCUUGUGGAACGCCAGUUUCCUCUCUGAAGGACUCCGAUUUGCUGUCCCCUAUUAUGACUCUAAAGGUACGAUCAGUUAAAAAGUUUUUAAUGAAUUGGAGAAUGUUACCAGCGAGGCCCCAGCGUACUAGUUUACGGAGAAUUAAAGGCGUCCAAGUUGUGUUGAACACCUUCGAGAUAUCCAAGGAAAUGAUCUCGGUAUGGUGGCCUAAGUUCUUAGCUUUCUGUAGAGCUUCCCCUAGGGCAGCAAAAUACGUGUUGGUUCCGUACCCUGAUCUGAAAGCGUGUUGACGAUGAUCGAGGAACCUGUUUUCUUGCAGAUAAUGUGUUAAACGCCUGUUGACCAUGCGUUCGGCUACCUUCGAAAGGCAACACGUGAGGGAGAUGGGUCGAAAACUGGAUGGCUCGCGUGUCUGGCUGCCGGACUUAGGUAUAGGGACCACCAAACUCUCCCGCCACUCAGGGGGGUAAUGAUGACGACUCCAUAUUGAGUUUAGAAGCUCGAGCAGAACAAGCUUACUAGACGAGUCGAGGUUUUUUAGCAUCGGAUACCCAAUGUCAUCGGGGCCGGCUGAUUUGCCGCUACUACAGCUCAGGGCGAAUUGCAAUUCACUGUAGGAGAAUGGUUGAUUGAUGUCCAGCGGUAUGCUGUCCACUGGGACGUAGAAACUCGCAAUAUCGGUAGUAGUAGCGCCAGUCUGCCGCACAAAGUUCGUGUCAUAGCUGUCGAAGGCUGCUAGCUCAGCAAAAUAUUUGCCAAGACCACUUGCAAUGGCGAUCGGAUCCGUGGUGUUGGUCCCAUCCAAGCUAACGGUGGCUGGAACGGCAGUACGUUUACCGCUAAGGGCGUUAACCCUGGACCACAGUUCGGCAGAAGAUUGGCUGGCAUCGAUACUCUCUAGGAAUUUUUUCCAAGAGGUUCUUUUUGCUUCACGUAUGGCUUGCCGGCAGUCAUUACGCAAGGAUCGGUAGCGAUCCAGUAACAUUUCUCGGUUUGGAUGAUCGAGGGCCACUCGCUUGACGGCUCGAAGUGCUUUCCUUCGAGCUUUAACUAUCUUUUUAAUCUCCGGCGACCACCAACGUAGUGCUUUGCGACCAGGUUUGCUCCCGGAUUUUGGGAUGGACAACGUCGCCGCUUGCGUAAGAAGAGCAGUAAAUUCGGCCAUGUCUUCCGGACUGGAGGUUUGUAACGAAGCAUAGACUAUUUUGUUGUAUUCUGUCCAAUUAGCAAGAUCGUAGACCCAGCGAGGACGCCUCGUCGUAGCAGGUGCUUCAGUUGCCACUGAAAUUUGUAACGGGUGGUGAUUGCUACCAUGUAGAUCCGGGUUACGAGUCCAAAAAAACGCUGGAUUUCGGACCGACUGACAACGGAAACAUCGAUCGCGGUCGAGUGAGGUCCGCUGAAGUACGUUGGCGAUCCGUCGUUGAGGAUGGUUAGAUCACCAGCCUCGAAGGCCUCAAAAAGUGUCGUCCCCCUGUGGUCAGAACGCGUUCCGCCCCAAGCUGGGUGGUGUGAGUUGAAAUCGCCAAGAAUCAUUCUCGGCUGUGGGAUUUGGUUUAGCAGACUUUCUAGCUCGCUAUGAAGAUUCGGUAUAGCCCCGCAUGGCAGGUAAACACAGAUCAUCGCCAUCUUGAUUGGGCCCUGCAGUUUAACACCGACAAUUGGGAGGGGAGAGUCAAUGUCCAGGUUUACAAAAGCGAGGGACCUAAGACCACCUAGGGCUACGGAGUGUCGAAAAUUGACUCCACGUUUUAUGGUCCAGCUGUAUCUCCCACCGAGGGAGCGGUUUAGUUGAUCAACUGUAAUCUUGUUUAUCUCUUGAAGGGCCAAAGUCCAGGGAGGUUCACUAUUAACCAGUAGCUCAAGGUCCGCCAGAUUGUUAAAGAAUCCGUUGAUGUUCCAUUGCAGACAAAAUCUGACCGGUUUGGGCAGGGCCGGAAUAGGGUGAUUAGACCUUACCUGAGACGUUGGGCUGGUGACAAACGUGGUGCUCGAACGAAACAGAGCCCCACCAGUGGCAGGUCCUGAUGGUGAACCCACCAAAGGCAGGGAUGAUCCGACGGCGGAAAAAAAGGAUGUCGCUGUCUCUGCUGUUUCUUCGCUAAUACAGGACCUAGGUGAUGGACCCGUUGAGUGUCCGAGAGGUCCAGUGGUGGUUGGGAAAAAUGGGGUAGCGUAUGGUGACAGACAACUUAUUUGGCCAUCCGGGAUGACCGAUAUCCUUGGCGAGCUGCUUGUUUGGCCAUCAGAGGCGGAAAAAGUGCUUGGUAGGCGGCUUUCUAAGCCGUCCGUGGUGGGUACUUGUCCUAAAGAAGCUUGAUUUCCCACGCUGUCCUUGGGGGUAGCGGGUAGAGCCCGGCGCGUCCCGACUUCGUUAAAACCUUCACUUCUUCCCACGUCGUCCAGUGUAGCAGGCAUUGAGGCCGUACUACCCUCUUCCAGAUCUCCCCCCGGCGCCGCAGGUGGUCCGUCAGUUCCGGUGUGGGAGACGUCCGCACUGAGGGGGCCACGGCUACCGGCGGAUUUAGCUGGGCAUCGAUUGUUCUGGAGCUCUUCGUAUAUAUCCGUUCCAAGAUGCCGGAGUCGACCCAGCGAUUCCGGUUGAGGAAAGGCUUCCGGUACGCUGGCGCCCCGACUAUCAAGGUGGACAGUGAUACAGUUUUGGGUGGCUGGGUGCCGGAGUCGGUCUGGCGAUUCCGGUUGGGACAGGGCUUCCGGUACGCUGGCGCCCCGACGACCCGAAGCCGUUUGUUCCGUAUCUCGUUGUUCUGUGACUCCAGGAAAAUUGGAGCAAGAAGGUACAGCGUUAUCAGUCAUGUUACUAGGUAGGGGUGGUGAUGGAGGGGAAGAGAGGAGUAGAUUGACUUAGGGAUAGCCCCAAGAUUAAUGGACGAACUCUUCAGUUUGGAUUUCUUUUGCUGUUGUUGCUGGAAAAGUGUUUCAGUCCGAGAGAUUUUCCCUCGGGGACGCUUACUAGGAAUUUUCGUGGGAUCCGUAUUUGACUUGACAGACCCAGGAAUGGGUGUUCCAGGGCGGUUAGAGAGUGGCGUACGAGAUGAAGCUACAGACUUCUCUAGAUGUGGAGAGAAGAACUCUGCACUUUGACUUUGUUCGGAGGAGUCUGAAUCGGAGUCCCAAGAAACAUUAUCGAGGUCGUUUACCGGGAGAGGCUUAGCAGUGGUUAUGGGGGCGUCGGUGGUUGUGGAGUUUGAAGAAGUGGCCGUACUUUCGACGGCAAUGGUAGCGUCGUCGGCUUCAGUAGGAGCAAUCGGAGUAACAGUAAGGGUUGUAGCAGUGGCACCGACGGUAGUGGUGGCAGAGGUAGCGGCUACUGGUUCGGCGGUAGACACACCUGAUUGUACGAUGUUAGUCGGUAAAGAGACAACAGGUUGAGGGAGGGAAAUGCUGGCUGCGGGCAUAACGGCGUUGAGAAACGCGGAUAAUUGGCUGGUGAGUAUCUGAAUUUGCUUUGCCUGGUCGGCAACAAUAGAUUUCAAGGCGGCGAUCUCUUCGUUGACUGCUAUCGGUUGGGUGGGACGGAAGGCAAGGGCUGCCCGAAGUUCAGCUAUCUCAGCAUCCUUGGAUGCCAGAGCAGCAGUUAGCUGAUCUACCCUCUCGUUAGUUUUCCGGAGUGCGUCAUUGUCGGCGGGACCGACAAUAUUGGCAAACGCGCUCUCACCUCGAUUUUGCUCAACGAUCCGACGGGCCAUGGGAUAGGAGACCCCUUGGUCCACUUUGACCCUUUGUAUGGUGUUUUCCAGUUGCCAAAGUGGGCAAGAUCUACUGGAGACUUUGUGAUCGUUCGUAUUGCAGGUUUUACAAAAUUGCUGAUGGUUGCAUUCCUUGUUUUCGGAAAUCGGAUGAUUUCCGGAACAGGUCCCAUAGGUAGCGGUUUUGGCCUGACAGCGCAUCUUUGUAUGCCCAAAAAGCCAGCAAUUAAAACAUUGCAUGGGUGAGGGGUAGUAAGGACGUGUUCUACAUCGGAUGUAGCCAAAAUCGAUUGCUUCUGGUCGAUUCGUCCCACGGCAGGUCAGCACUAUCGCCGGAGUGUUCUCGCGCGCUUGUCCGUUCCUCCUCGUAAUCCUUCUGAUAUCCUUGACUCCUUGCUCUUUUAGCUCCUCCAGGAGUUCGCCAUCGGGCAUGUCCAUUACGUCCCGACAGCUGACAACACACCUGAUGGAAUUGAGCGUUGGGUGUUCAGUGACGUUGACCGCAGUGCCAUCUAUAAGCGCCUUCAUGUUCAGAAGUAGGUUGAACUGUCGUAGAUACCGCACUUUCAAUACAUAUGUCGUUUUGUUGUUUUCCGGAAAAGCUCCUUCAAUUUUUCCUCCAACAAACUUCUCUACGGAUCGACGGAUAUGAAAAGGCCGGUUCGGUAGAGGUCCGUUAGCCCCCGAGAUUCGCAGCAGAUGCAGUUCACCGUACAUUCCCUCCGGGUCCAUGUAUGACGGAAGGGUUGCUCCGGUAUACGUGCCAUCAAUCCUCCCUUGUGUGAAUAUGUCUGGUUGACCGUCUCCCCAGGAAAUAGGGGGAGGUCCCGAUGAACUCGCCGCCAUAGCGGCCC